ACUCUCUUUGACUGCAUGAACGUUUAAUAUAUUUUGUUCUAUUCUCGGUCCUUUCAUCGUUACUCAGAUUCUGAAAGCCAUAUCACAACUUCAAAGCCUUUCAUGGCGUCUUCAAACGUUGAAGAGCAUAGAGUGUCUUAACCUGCUACACAGACAUACUAACUUUAAACAAACUACGAAAUCUAAGGGUAACAAGAAAUAAAAAAGCAUCUAAUUGUAAUGCAGGUAUUGGACUGCACUUGAAAACCAAACCCUAUAGCACAGAAAUGUUAGGAAAUGGCUGACAAUUUCAAUUUAAAAUGCAGACUAAAUUAUCAGCAUCAGCAACAGUUCACGCAACAGCAAUGGCUAAGAACGAGGAAAAAACGGCCUGUAUUCUAAAAUUUCAAAUUGCAAAAAAUUCCCCUAGAAAAUAUCUUCAUACAGAAACUCCUAAUUACAAUAAAAAUCCCAUGGAUUUGAGCAGAGAUGCAAUGGCACUAUAUAAGCAGGGGCGAUUGAAUGAAGCAUUGAGCAGUCUAGAUAAAAUAGAUUCGAAUGUAUUCAAACCCAAUUUAUUUAUAGGGAAUACUCUUGUGAGUAUGUAUUCCAAGGGUGGGAGAUUGAGAGAUGCUCACAGAGUUCUGGAAGCAAUGCCUAUACGAAAUGUGAUCUCCUGGACUGCCAUGAUUGCAGCUUCUUGCAAGCAUAGACAUUAUGACGAAGCCUUGAAUUUGUUUUGUCAAAUGCAGAGGGAGGGAAUCGAACCCAAUUACUUCACUUUUUCGAGUGUUCUCCCAGCCUUUGCAAACUUGGGGAAUCUGAAACAGGGUAAAGCAAUCCAUGCAGACAUAGUUAGGAGAGGAUAUGAGACAAAUGUUUUCGUAGGGAGUGCGCUUGUAAAUAUGUAUGUAAAAUGCGGAAACGUGGAAGAUGCACGCCAAGUGUUUGACAAAAUGUCUGAACGAAAUUCUGUAUGCUGGACUGUGAUGAUUGCAGGAUAUGCCCGGAAUGGACUGCUUAACGAGGCGCGGAAUCUCUUUGAGAAGAUGGAUGAACCCGAUAUUAUUUCUCGAACUACCAUGGUUGCUGCAUAUGCACAGAAUGGGCGGAUAGAUGAGGCAUUGGAGAUUUUCAGGAAAAUGACAGAACGGGAUGUGGUGGCCUGGACUGCAAUGAUAUCAGGGUAUGUGCAGAAUAGGAAUUUUGACAGCGCUUUGAAUCUCUUUCGUGAAAUGCUACUGGCAGGUGCAGAGCCAAAUUCAGAAACAUUUUCAAGUUUGCUUCCAGCAUGUGCAAAUUUACGAGCUUUGGAACAUGGCAAGGAGGUACAUGAAAACUUGAUUAGAAGUGGUUCGCAGUCUUGUGUUUUUGUGGGUAGUGCUCUUAUUGAUAUGUAUUAUAAGUGUGGAAGGAUAGAGGAUGCGUGUAAGGUGUUUGACAAGAUGGCCAAGCGAAAUGUGGUCUCAUGGAAUUCAAUGAUUGUAGCAUAUGCACAGACUGGGCGCCUUGAUGAAGCCCUGAAGCUCUUUGAAUCCAUGCCUGAACGAAACGUGGUCUCUUGGAAUGCAAUGAUUUCAGGAUAUGCACAAAAUGGGCAGGUUGAUGAGGCAACAAAGUUAUUUCAAGAAAUGCCUGAGAAGGAUGUGGUGUCAUGGACUGCAAUGAUUGCAGCAUUUAUACAGAAUGGGAAGGUUGAUGAGGCAAUAAAGCUUUUUGACAGAAUGCCGUCAAGAAAUAUGUUUUCAUGGAACACAAUGAUUGCAGGAUAUGCCCAGAUUGGAAAUAUCGAUGGAGGUAUGACACUCUUUAAAAAAAUGCCAGAGCGAGAUUUAGUCUCUUGGAAUACAAUGGUUGCAGGACUUGUGCAAAAUGGACUUGUUGAUCAAGCCUUGAAACUCUUUCAGGAAAUGCCAGAAAAAAAUGUGGUCUCGUGGACGGCAAUGAUUGCUGGCUAUGCACAGAAUGGCCAGUUCUAUGAGGCUCUGAAGCUCUUUCGAGAAAUGCAAUUAAUAGAUAUAACACCAAACUCAGAUACGUUUGCUAGUGUCAUCCCAGCUUGUGCCAACUUGGCAUCUCUGAAUCAUGGCAAGGAGAUUCAUAGUAGCAUUCUUAGAAAUGAAUUUCUGCCUGAUGUCUUUUUGGAAAGUGCCCUUGUUGACAUGUAUGCCAAAUGCGGUACCAUUGGCCAUGCAUGUACAGUGUUCCGUAAAAUGUGUAUACGGGAUGUAGUCUCGUGGAAUGCAAUGAUUAUAGGAUAUGCAAUUCAUGGGUUUGGGAUGGAAGCCAUCCAACUGUUUGAAGAAAUGCUUUUGUCUGGCUUAAUCCCAGAUGAUGUCACUUUUGUGGGAGUUCUGUCCGCAUGCUGCCAUUCGGGCCUAGUGCAGGAUGGUUUGCAAUAUUUUGAUUGCAUGAGGCAAAUGUAUCAUAUCACUCCAACAACAGAACACCUGUGCUGCAUGGUUGAUCUUCUAGGGCGUGCUGGUGCUCUGAAUGAAGCAGAAAACUUCAUCAAAGAAAUGCCAAUUGAACCUAGUGCGACAGUGUGGGUAUCUUUGCUGGGAUCCUGUAGAAACCAUAAUAACAUAGAACUUGCAGAACGUGUUGCAGCCCGUCUUUUUCAUUUAGACCCUAACAGUGCUACACCAUAUGUGCUACUAUCAAACAUUUAUGCUGCAGCUGGCAAGUGGGAUGAUAUUCAGAAGGUGCGAAAGAUGAUGAAAGACAAUAAUGUGGCAAAGAAGCCAGGAUGCAGUUGGAUUGAAAUCAAUAAAAAGACAUAUGCUUUUGUUGUAGCAGACAAAUCAAACCCACACAUGCAGAAAGGUUAUGAUAGUUUUCCCCAGAAACACAUCCCAAAACUAGUACCUUCAGGAAAUGACAAUCGGGGAACAACUAGGAAAUUAUCCAUAGCCAUGCCUUUGGCCUGUGCUGCAGAGGAGACUCCUUCCUUGUCCACAAGUUGCCCCUUGGAUUGGGGAUUGCCAGCCUGGGGUAUGUAGAAGAGCUCAGAUCCCACAGGAGAUGUCUAGAACUCUGGCGAUUUUACAGGGAAUGCCUAGAAGCCCACGGAUCACAUGGGUAAUCUCUAGAAGUCUGCUGAUGCCAUAUGGUACAUCGAGAAGUCUUCUGAUUCCAUGAGGACUAUCUAUGGAGAAUCCAAUUCUACAAGGGACUGAAAGCUACAAAUGACUAAAAAUACCCUGAUUCUGGAGGUGAUUAUGUGUUUUUCACUUAAUGGUCUCAUUGAUAGGAUUAUAUAGUGUUGUCCAGAAAGAUGAUGAAUUUUCGCACUGCAAAGUUGUCCCCGAGUUUUCCUGUCCUCUUAGCCUGGGUACUUGAGGAAGCUUCGUGUUAGCAAGAUUGGAUAAUUUUUUUGUCCAAAUGGAGGAGGCAGGCUAUAUAUUCAGCAGAAUAUUUGCACAAAUAAGAAGCAGGGCAGAAAGAAAAACAUUUCUGCUGGCAUAGCAAGUACUUACACUGUUUACACCAACAUACUGCCGGGAGACUUAUCUGAGUCAUUAAGAAACUUCAAGUGUGUAGAAACUGCCAUUCCUUCAUCAAGUUCAUUUCCAACAAUGUUGUGUGAGGACUUGAUACGAUGACAACCAUUUACAUCAUUUCAGAGGUGGAUGGUGUUCGUGUUGGAAUUAUUGGUGAAAAAUAUGAGCUUGUUUGAGAACAAAUAAUUGACUAAGGAAAUUUGCAAGUAAGGACACAAUUGAAUCCGAGCUUGUUUCUUGUACUUUACAUUAUACGAGAUCAUGUUCGGAAGCAUCAAUCACAUUCAAAUCUCCCUAAGGAUUUGGAGUUCAGUUUGAUAGGGUUUCGUAAGAUUAAAGACUCAAAUACUCAUAUUCAUAUAUAUCUGUAUCCAUCUAUUGUCAUAUCCUUGAAAUGUUGCUUUAAUACUUACGUUUAUUAAAUUCAGUGCCAC